CUCUUCGAUCCCAUAACCCAACUCUCUCACACAACAACAUAAACUCCAAAUACAAAAAAAAAUGGACUCGAGAACAUCAUUUCUCACAUUGUUCCUCUGUAUAUUCCUUUUCUCUCAUUUCACCCCCUCAAAUUCCAAACCUGUCACAAACGACCCUUUAUCAUUCUCUUCGUCGGCGAGUUUGCCCACUCUUACGGCGGAGAGGUUAAUCAAAGGUUUCAACUUGAUGCCUACCCGUGAUGUCAAUGUCAUCCCUGAAGACGGUUCUGAGGCUCCGAGACUCGUCGAGAGAAACUUUGAUUUACCGGCGACCAUUGACCGUCGUGACUCCGGCGGUUCUCCUUCGCUUCAGGAUUUUGGUCACCAUGCUGGUUACUACAAACUUCCUAAUUCAAAAGCAGCCAGGAUGUUCUAUUUCUUCUUCGAGUCAAGAAGCAACAAAGCAGACCCUGUGGUGAUUUGGCUAACCGGUGGACCCGGUUGCAGUAGCGAACUGGCUCUGUUCUAUGAGAACGGACCGUUCACCGUCUCCAACAACUCAUCUCUUGCUUGGAACGAUUUCGGUUGGGACAAGGCAUCAAAUCUAAUCUACGUGGACCAACCGGUAGGGACUGGUUUUAGUUACACAUCGGACGAAAGUGAUCUCCGACAUGAUGAGGAUGGUGUCAGUAAUGACCUUUACGACUUCUUACAAGCAUUUUUCAAAGAACAUCCACAGUUCGUGAAGAAUGAUUUUUACAUUACUGGUGAAUCCUACGCCGGACAUUACAUUCCGGCAUUGGCUUCAAGAGUUCACCGUGGAAACAAGAACAAGGAAGGAACUCACAUCAACCUUAAGGGCUUUGCGAUUGGUAAUGGUUUGACCAACCCAGAGAUCCAAUAUGCUGCAUACGCGGAUUACGCGCUAGACAUGAAGUUGAUCUCACAAUCUGAUCACGAUAACCUCAACCGUGAUUGAAACUGCCAACAAUCCAUCAAAGAAUGCAGCGCUGAUGGAGGUGGUGAAGCUUGUGCGUCUUCUUACAUUGUCUGCAACAACAUAUUCCAAAAGAUCAUGAAUAUCGCUGGAAACGUAAACUAUUACGACGUGAGGAAACAAUGUAAAGGAAGCUUAUGCUAUGAUUUCUCGAACAUGGAGAAGUUCUUGAACCAGAAAUCCGUUCGCACGGCAUUAGGUGUUGGAGAUAUCGAGUUUGUGUCUUGCAGUACUGCCGUCUAUGAUGCAAUGCAGCUGGAUUGGAUGCGAAAUCUUGAGGUCGGGAUUCCCGCUCUCCUCGAAGAUGGAAUCAAGAUGCUUAUCUAUGCUGGAGAAUACGAUCUCAUCUGCAAUUGGCUUGGAAACUCGAAAUGGGUUCACGAGAUGGAAUGGUCGGGCCGAAAGGAGUUUGUAGCAGCUGCAACUGUUCCAUUCAAUGUAGAUAAUAGAGAAGCCGGUUUAAUGAAGAACCACGGUUCACUCACUUUCCUCAAGGUCCACGAUGCUGGACACAUGGUUCCAAUGGAUCAGCCAAAAGCGGCAUUGCAAAUGCUUAAGGAUUGGAUGCAAGGAAAGCUCGGUACACCCACCGGUCGGACCGCUCGCCAGUGAUUUCAUUUCUUCUCAACAGCAGUGAUUCUAAAUACCAAGCCGAUUGUACUGUUAUUAUGCAUCUAGAUCAUCAUUUUUUAACUUAUAAUAUUACUUGUGAAUUAUUUCGACAGGAAACUUCAUUGUUAUAAACGUGAAAAGAAAACUAAAGUUGUUAUCUU